CAUUUUUAAAUAUGUCAUUAAUAUAGCUUCUAAUACUUCCUGAAUAAAUCACUCAAUUGUGUCUAUUAUUGGCUCAGUAACCCUAUUUCAAGGAAAUAAUUUAUUCCUACUGCAGGGUAUCACAUAACAUGAAUCCCUUAUGGUCGGCAUGGGAAACCUUGUUUCAGCAGCAAAUCCGUUGAAUAUUGGAUAUGCAAAUUAAUUUUUUUGUCUUACCUACAGACCAGCCCGCUCAUUUCCCUAUCCCAAGAUGGUUUUUAUCCCAGGAUUCUGGCGCCCUCAUGUGAUGCUGUGUCAGCAUUUUGUUUCAAAUCGGUAUGCUGUCGAAAAAAUGUACAAAAAUUGAUUCAAAGUUUAAAUGAAUAAAAUCAACCGCUAAGUUGAACAGGUAAUGCCAUAAAGUUAAUGUAUAUGGCAGCACUACAACUUAUCGAAAAUGCAGCCUUCUAUUCUGGGAAAUGUCAAACAGGAAAGUUUUCUUUGCAUUAGCUUGCAUUGCAAUAGCUGAAGAGCGAAACAAAAGUUUUCUAAGGAUAAUUAGCGAUCAUGUCCUACAACGAUAUAGACGACGAUAUAGAGGCGGAGCUCCGGGCCCUACUGGAGGAUAACCCAAACAUUGAGGUCAUCGAGCUAGACGAUGCUAGCGACAAUGAGGAAGUCACUUUGGAAGAAAAAAACGAGCCAGUAUGUGUCCAAAGCUCGCAGGAAGUUUUAAAUCAAACUGGGGAACCAAUAUACAUUGAUGGCUCUGAUGAAAUUGUAAAUGUUUUGAAUCUAAACAGCGAGUCUUUGAAUGUUUUAAACGAAAACGGGGAGAUUAUGUACAUCCAACAAUCUGAUGAAACUUUGAAUGACAACAAGGUGGCCCUCUGCAUUCAAGUCUCUGAUGAAACAUUAAAUGCUUCAAAGGACGAUGGAGAGCCACUAUACAUCCAGGAAUCUGAUGAUACCUUAAAUGCCAGUGUAGAGGCUCUGUACAUUCAGGACUCUGAUGAAAAUGAAACCGUGGAGCCUAUAUACCUUGACGACUCUGAUGUUGAAGUCAUAGAAGAAAGCAAAGAGCCAUUAUACAUCCAGGACUCUGAUGAAAAUGCAGAUGCUGUGAGUGAAAAAGAGGAGUCUGAUAAAGAGCCUGUAGAAAAUUCAAAUGAAAACGAGGACGAGUUGUCUGUAGAAGAUUCUAAGGAAUCAUUAAAUGUUUCAGAUGAAAAUGAAGAGUCACUAAGUCAUGAAUCUGAUGGGAGUGAGUCAUUGAAUGGAAGCGAAGAGUCAGAGAACUCAGAAUCUGAUGAUUCUUCAAACGAUUCAAACUCUUCAAGCGAAGAGUCAAAAGCCUCCGAAGAUUCCGAUGAAGACCCAAACGAUUUAAAUAAAAGCGAAGAGUCUGUAGAUACUGAAGGAUCUGAUGAAGAAACAAAUGAUCUUGAUCAGACCGGAGAGUCAGUGGAAGUCGAAAAAUCUGAGGAACCUCUUAUCGAAAAUGUAGGGUCCUUAGACAACCAAAAAAAUGAUGAAGAGAUAAAUGUUUCAAAUGAAAAUGAGAAGCCAUUGUCCGAUCAAGAUGUUGAUGAAUCUCAAGAAGAAAAGCUGAAGGACAAAAAGGAUAAGCAGGAUAGGGAACACCAUCGAAAGGAAGACUUCAAUAAAUCAAAAAUGAACAAAUGGUUUUUGGCGGAGUUCGAGUCACAUAUGGGUCUAAAAAUAGGGGAAUCGGAUGAUACCAGUAAGCCUCUGGAGGAGAGCGAUACGGAAAAGUCGAGCAGUACCAGUUCUCGACGGGAUAGUGAUUCCGAUAGCUUCUCUGAAGAUUCCUUAUGCCGGUGGUUUAAUAAGCAAACAAACACUAACCGCUUGUCCGUGGAAACUGCCAAUCAAUCUGAAAUGGCUCAGAAAGUGGAGCAGAACGGUAGUGAAGAGCCCCCUAAUAACAACAAUGUAGAGUAUUCUUCAUUGCCCAUUUUAACUGGUCCCAUGCCCUCGAUGCCCUUGUACGACGCGGAAUCAAAUCAGUUUAAGAUGAUGGAGACUCCUAAGCCUCCGGAGCCAGAGAUUACUGAGCCUACAAAGAGUGAGGAAGAUAAGCCGGAAGAUAAACCGACGAAAGAUAAAACCGACACAAAAUUAGAUCCUGAGGAGGAGGAGGGCGAGGAGGAUCUUGGUGGCAGCGAAACAAGUUCCAAUUUUAGCUUUAGCAGUGGCCCAUCCUAUGAUCUUUCCGAUUUGGAAGAUAUUUCCACGGCCAAGAAGAAGUUAAGCUACUGGGACGACAUGUCCUUUCGACCCGUCGACAAAGGAGAAAUCACCCAGGAGGAGCUCCAGGCUAUUUUGAAGGAAGAGGAGAGGCUUAGGAGGAUCGAAAAGGGCUCCGAUUCGCACGACAACGCCAGUGACGAAUCCGAGGAGGAGGAGCCCAUCAAAGAUCCGACCAAUCUCAACGAUGGCUUCGACUUCUACGAGGAUCCACUGACGUACCAGCAGAACAGGGAGAACCUUUCCUUCAUGGUUAUCAAGGAUGAGGAUAUAUUCGAGGAGUAUGAGCAGGCUGUGCACCGGCUCAUCAGGAUGGUUCCCAAGGUACCCAGUCAUCACAGGUUCGAGAUACAUCUCAUGGUGUAUCCCAUGAUGGCCAUAACCUACAUGCAGAUGGUGGCCGGGGACAAUAUGCAACGGGCCAUUGAUUUCCUGGAAAAGGAGAGUUGCCAGCUGAACGAGUCCUACACUUCCAGGCUGACCAAGUUGGCCGACAUUUGCCGACUGGAGGAUAUUCCGAACAAGGCUCGCAAGCAGCUGGCUGGUUAUGAAAAGCUAGAGCUGCACAUGUCGAAGGGGGCCUUCCGGCAGCUGCUCUUCCAGCUGGAGGAGUGGCCCAGGAGCCACCAGGAGAAAGUGCUCACCCAUUUCCGUAUCCUAAGCUACAGCGAGGACGAGAAGCCCCAGCAGCGACCUAUUUUGGGGAAACCAGUUCUGGAAGUGCUCUUCUGGGCCGCCCCAGAACCACUCCACAAAAAGGAGUUCACCGUUAGGCCCUUCCUGCGAGGACGUCGCAAGAAGAGGAACGAGUCGCCGCCACACAGGAAUGUACACUUUCCUCCUGGCGAAAGGAUCUUUACUCCUACUCCGAAACGAAUGGACUUGCUGCAUCGAAAAAACGACGAAAAGCAUCGAGUGAAACUGGAUCGGGAUAAUCUGCCCUCGACCUAUCUCUACACAGCUCCUGCCUCUGACGAUGUGGUCCUGUGCGCCACCUUUUCCGAAGCCAACACAAUGAUAGCCCUUGGGACUUUGGCCUCCUCGAUCCACGUCUUUUCCCUGAAGCCCACAAAGUUGGUUCAACUCAAGUCCGCCAGUUGGCUUAAAAUUCUGGACACCGGAAUGGCAGGGAUCGACAAGGGAAUGAUAGAUCCCCUAAAGAAGUACACGAGGCGCACUCUCCUGGGCCACCAAGGACCUGUUUAUUCGUGUUGCUUCAACCCGGAGGAUCGCUACUUGCUCAGCUGCUCAGAGGACUUUAGUGUGAGACUGUGGUGCCUGCUAUCCUGGUGCUGUAUAGUCAUAUAUCCUGGGCACUUGUCUCCCGUUUGCCAUGUGAUUUUUGCUCCACUGGGCUAUUAUUUCGCCACAGCCUCGGACGAUGGCAUGGCCAGGAUUUGGACGCAGGACUGCAAGAAGCCAACUCGCAUCCUGGAGGGGCACCUGGCUGAGCUGACCAUGUGCCUCUUCCAUCCUAAUCGCCAUUACCUGGCCACAGCAUCUGCCGAUUGCACUGUGAGGAUGUGGGACGUCAUCAAUGGCACUGAGAUUCGCCUCUUCAGGGGACAUAGACGCAGAAUCUCCAUUAUGACCUUCUCCUUGUGUGGCCGCUACUUGGUUUCCGGGGGCGAUGACAACCUCAUCAUGAUUUGGGACACGGCUCUAGAGCGUUUGAUUCGGUACUUGGACUACCACAAUGCCCACAUCAACACUAUGGAGUUCUGUUUGGACAACAACCUCCUAGUGGUGGGUGGUCAGGACUGUCAACUGUCCAUCUGGGACUUUCAACGACUCCUUCAGGACUACGGACCAGCAAAAUCUUCUAAGAAAAGAAAGGAGUGCGCUGCCAAGGAUCCUCUGGCGGUCGCCACUCAAGAGGAGCUUCUGAUCAGUGCCUAUUCUACCAAGAAUGCUCCGUUCUACCUGAUUCGCUUCACCCGUCGCAACUUGCUUCUGGCCUUUUGUGUGAGUCCCGAUGAUCCGAAGGGCCAUCGUUCCAAGACCAAGCAGUCCUUGGAUCAGAUGAAGACAGAGGCCUGCGAGUGGCUGCAGUUUCUGGACAUGGCCAAGUUUAGAGGCGCCUGUGAGUCAGACUUUGAUUUGCAUAUUCCAGAAGCGGACGAUGAAGAAGUGACCGAAAAAGAACAGGAAAGCAAAGAUGAUGGAUUAGCUUCUGAACCCCAAAGUGCAACAAGUUCUAAUGAGUCAGGUACUCUUAAAGAAACACAAAAAUGUCUGUAAAUAUAGAAAUACUUUUUAGAAAUCAA